UGGAAGCAUAGAUAAGAUGGCCACUAUGAUGCAGAAGGCUGCUGUGUGCCCUGUCCGCGCGUCUCGACGCGGCUGCCUUGUGGUUUGCCAGGCGACGGAGCGUCAUGUGGCGUCUCGUCGCGCCAUGCUGGGCAUUUCUUUGCUUCCGGCACUGUUGUAUGCGCCUAAGGCGCUUGCACUUAUUCCUGAUGAGGAAGACGAGGAUCUCGUGGAGAAGGCCAAGGCGAACCGCCGCGCCCGCCUGGCUCAGCAGCGCGGUGUGACGCGCGACUUCAUGACGUCGGAAAACCUGAAGGACGUCCGCCUUGAGCAGGAGCUAGUGCCGGUGCAGAAGGCAGUGUACAAGCUGGCCAAAUCCGGCAGCCAGCUGGAGUCAGGUGAUCUCAAGGGCGCUGCCAACACUCUCUCUGAGGACUGGGUCGCGGAAUUCACCUCGGUGGCCAGUACCGUUUCGGGAACUGAUGCCGCUGGCAAGCUGAGCAGCGCCAUUCAGGGUGUCCAGACCGCAGCUGCCUCAGGCGACGCGGCGGCAUCCAAGCGUCAGUUCGUUAGCCUUGUAUCGGAUCUGCAGAGCUGGGCAUCCACUACCGGUCUGGCCAGCAGCCUGAAGGGCCUAUAAAGAUGCCCCUCUCGCUUUCUCUCCUCAUCGCGGUGUUGAGGGUUCCUUUGGUUCCUUGAUUAAUGGCAGCAAAUCUUGUCGCUGCUGUUGGCGGCUCCCCGCUUGGCGGGCGCGGGGGUUUGUCUUCAUGCGUUUUCAGCGCCGUCGCGUGCACGAGUUGACCUGGAAGGUGGCUGUUUGCUCAGAUAGCGGCUGUGCGGUACGAAGAAUCAGCUUGCAAAGUUCUCAAUACUGGGGACGGAAAGCAAAUUGCCCGUGAUGGCGGGUCGCCAGGCGCUCGGAACCUGCACACAGUAUCAGGAUCAGAAGCCUGACCGCCAUCCCGUCCCAGAACAGCAGUGGUUCAUGCCUGGCAGGAUCUGGUGCUCCUGACAUCUCUGUCAGCUGACAUCUCUGACAUCUCUGUCAGGUGUCGCUGAUUUGCAAGCUGGUUCGAGACAGGACACCUUUGGUUGUGACGCUGACAACCUGGCUGUGAAGUUCGAUAACAGCAGUGGCUGACCGUUGGCGGCCUUCUGGAGAUCCUGUCGAGCCGCAUCAGCGAUGGAGCUGUUUACGCUGCUGCCUUUCCGUAUUGUAUUGCGAUUGAGCGUGUGCUUGCUCCGAGAUGGCGGCGACAGAUACAGUGCAGUAUCUGAGCCGUCGCGGCCUCGAUGGGUAGAGCAUGUGCAGCAUUUUUUCUCAAUAGUGUUCCUGUGUACGUGUGCCUUCACUCAGCUUGGGGUCAAGUACGGAAGGGAAGGAUGCGCGGAUGGUUGCGGACGGUGCGAGUGGCAUUUGUUCUGAGGGGAAGCUGAUGGGAUUGGAUUGGAUGGGACAUUGAUCCCUUUUGGCGACAAUUUUUUGCCGAUUUUGACGAGCAUUCCGGCACUGACCCCAGCGCAUUCGACCCCGAAAGAUCAGGUGAAGCGUGCGUGAGGUGUGCGAUCGUGUAGCCUUGCGUGUAUGCGACAGUCCACUUCUUUGCAACAUCCGAAAUCGUGUGC